AUGAAGACGCUGAAAGACGUUGGCCUGCCAGGAGCUUCUUGCACCCGACUGAUCCUCUCUGUGCAGGUGGUGGAGGCAGCAGCGAGGGGAGUGCAAGCUGCCAUCCUCCCAGUGGGUGGUAGCGAUGGCGGCGAGCACACCUUGCAAGACUUGGUCUUGGCUUGCAACUCGUUGAACUUGCUGCCAAUCAUUGAAGUAUCCAGCGAGGAGGAGAUCGGGGCGGCAGUGCAGGCUGGCGCCCAGGCGCUCCUAGUCAAGGAAGUCGAGUCACUGGAGACGUCGAUGAGACUCUUCGAAAAGAUCCCCAAACAGGUUGUUUCCCUUUGUUCCAUCGGGGGGAUGCAGGAAGACUGUGCGGAGCUCGAGCAGGCAGCCGCAUCAAAGAUCGUGGGGUAUGAUGGAGUUGUGAUAUCUCAGGCGGCAAGAUCUGUGGGGGAUGUUGAGUAUGUCGAGUGGAUUUUGUCGAAUUUGACGAGCAAGAGAUCGAAAGCCGUUGAGUUUUCCAUCCAAGAGUUCAAGUGA